CUGACGUUAGUUUGAGACUAGACAAUGCCGGAACCUCUGGAUCUCUCCCCACCAGACAUCCCAGAGCCAGGACUUCUGGAAACUGUGCUUCGUUAUGGCCUUUUCUGUGGAGCCAUCUUCCAAUUGAUUUGUAUAUUAGCCAUCAUAUUCCCAGGAAGCAAGAGCCAGGAAAUGGAAUCUGAUUCCCAAGAAGUGAAGAGCCCAGAAGCAGUGAAGAAACCUAAAAUGCCAUCAGUUGCGCUUGGAAAGAAGCAGAAGAAAGAGACAAAGAAGAAGAGGUGAGAUGGGGAGAUGCAACAUUUACACUUUCUCCACUGGAACCUGAAAAACUGGCCCAGGGGGGACCCAUGACCCUCUCUUCCACUGACAUCCAUGCACCAGCCUCCUUGAUACUUGUCUUCAAUACACAUCAUUGGUGACCUACCCAGAGACUGUAUCCAAUAUGAUGUUUUAUUCCAUUGUACAGUGUUGCCUGCUAAUUUACUUUAUUGUGUCCAUUUCUUGCAGUCUCUUUAUAAUUGUCACACAAUAAGGUAACAAUAUAUGGUUACUGCCCUGUGUAUAACAUGCAGGCACUUGGCUUUGGAUACACAAGUCAUUGUGCAUCAUGCAAAUAUUACUUUGCAUGCAUUAUCUCCCAGUCCACACAAACACACUGGUGGUGGGACACCUAAUCCACUUGUUUAAAUACGGCUGUGCUCUUGUGUAGUACUGAGUUAUGGGCGUGACUUGUUAACCAGUGCAUGAUCUGCAAUUGACCCAUUGUCCUUCCUCUUUAUAAAGGGCAUUUUGUACAUAGACAUAUAGAUUUCCAUGUCUUGACUUGAAAGUAAAGUUCAUGUGGGCAGUGGAAA